AUGGGUUCUGCUACGAAAAUCAAUGAAUAUCAAAAGAUAUUCCAUUGGGCAGAGACGCAAAAGAACGGGGCGAUACCGUCUUUCCACACCAGGAAGAGUGACCCCUACCAGUACCAAGCGGGCUUUGGGAAUUCAUUCUCCUCCGAGGCUGUUCCAGGUACAUUGCCCCAGGGCCAAAAUAAUCCGCGCCAUGUGAGAUUCGGCUCGUACGCCGAGCAAAUCACGGCGACAGCCUUUGUGGCGCCACGACAUGUCAACAGGAAGGCCUGGCUGUAUCGUGUCCGCCCUGCCGUCGCCCAUGACGGCUUUGUCGAUAUCCCACAAAACGCAGCCGCCGAGUCCAAUUAUCUGCUCAGCAACCCCAAGGUCCAUAUUUCUCCAACCCAGCUCGCCUGGACGCCCAUGGAUAUCCCAGACUCGGGCUCGAUUGACUUUGUAGCGGGCAUCAGAUCCAUUGCCGGAUCUGGCGAGCCGACCCUCGGUGAAGGGCUCGCGGUCCACGUAUACACUGCCAAUUGCAAUAUGACCCAAACGGCCUUUGUAAAUGCCGACGGAGACUUUCUGAUUGUCCCGCAACAGGGCGCCUUGGAUGUACAAACUGAGUUUGGCAAAAUGUUUGUCCAGCCCGGCGAGAUUGCUGUCAUCCAGAAGGGAAUCCGGUUCCGAGUCGAGCUUCCCGACGGGCCAUCCAGAGGCUACAUGCUUGAAAUUUGGGGCUCGAGUUUCGAACUGCCAGAGCUAGGUCCGCUUGGUGCCAACGGACUCGCCAAUGCGCGCGACUUUUUGACGCCCGAGGCCUUUUAUGAAGUCAAAAAGGAGCCUUGGGAGAUUAUCUUCAAAGUGUGUGGGAAGCAGUUCAAAUGUACUCAGGACCACUCGCCAUUCGAUGUUGUUGCAUGGCAUGGAAACUAUUUUGUCAAUGUUGGCUCCAUCUCGGUCGACCACAUUGAUCCCUCCAUCUUCUGUGUCCUGACUGCCAAGUCUCGGAAUCCCACCGCGCCACUGGCCGACUUUCUCAUCUUUUCCCCGCGCUGGGACGUGGCAUCCCAUACGUAUCGACCGCCGUAUUUCCACCGCAACGCUGCCUCUGAGCUCAUGGGGUUAAUCUACGGAGACUACGGCGGCCGCUCUGACGACUUUCGCCCUGGCAGUAUUUCUUAUGAGUGUGGAAUGGUGCCGCAUGGAGUAGCAUAUGAAGAAUUCAAGCAAGCCACUGAAUGCGAACCGCCAGUGAUGCAGAUCUCGACGGGGUCAGUGGCCUUUAUGUUCGAGUCGAGCCGGGCCUUUACAAUUACCAACUAUGCUUGGACAAGUGAUAAAAAGCACGAGCACGAACCUAGAUUAUGGAACGAUCUGGAAGACCACUUCUCAGCUCACCUUGAUGAAGUAGAGAAAUUGCUCGCCGAGACCAAGGCUAGAUAG